UCGCCCUCUGCUCGCCUGGCCCUUUCCGUUUCUUGCUCCCUCCCUCCACUCAACCGGGAAAGGCGUGACAACCAUACGAAGGAGGGACACAGCCAGCCGGAGAAGAGAGGAGGGGACGGGCGGCCGGGCCGGGCCGGGGCGGCAGGGCCUGGCCUGCCUUUCACCGCCCCAUUGGGCCGACGCGCCGAGGAGAGCAGCAGUAGCAGCAGCGUCGGCGUCGCACGUAGCCUCCUCAAGAUGGCCGCCUCUCCGGAGCGACCUGCGGAGGCGGCUGUGGCGGGUUUGGCGAUACGGAGGGAGCGCUGAGGACCCAGACAGACAGCCGGCUCCGUGCGCCUGGCGGCGGCGACAGCCGAUCCUGUGGGGAACGAGCCCACCAUGCGGCGGGGCUAGAGCCGGAGGCUUCCACCGCCAGUAAUGAUGUUAGCUGAGGGAAUUCCAGUAGAGCACAUUACAGUAAUCCAGCUGCAUGAUUACAAAAGCAUGGAUCGGCAUGACCAGACCAGUCUUUCCAUAUGGGGAUGGGGAAGCCUUGUCAUCGUGCUUUUUUUAAUAAAGUUUGGACCAUUUGUUAUAUUUUACAUCUUCUGCUUUGUGGGUGGGGGGUUUGUGGUAACAUUUUUGUUUGGAAAAACCAGUUCAGAGAAGUACCUUGAACAGUGUGAACACUCCUUCCUUCCUCCAACAUCAUUUGGCAUUACUAAAUGCAUAGAUGAAAUGAAACAAGAAAGCAAGUCUAUUAAAAUUGAUCGAAGGCUGACCGGUGCCUAUAUUAUUGAUGAACCUCUACAGCAAGUUAUUCAGUUUUCUCUGAGAGACUAUGUACAGUAUUGGUAUUACACACUAAGUGAUGAUGAAUCUUUUCUUCAUGAAAUCAGGAAGACUCUUCAAAAUGCACUAAUUAAAUUUUCUACUAGGUCAAAAGAAAUAGAUUGGCUGCCUUAUUUUGCUACUCGACUUGUAGAUGAUUUUGGCACCCAUCUCAGAAUAUUCAGAAAAGCUCAGCAGAGGAUAACAGAACAAGAUGAUAAAAUGAAAGUGGAAGAUCUUGUAGAUACAUUUUUUGAAGUUGAGGUUGAAAUGGAGAAGGAGGCCUGUCGUGAUCUAGUCUGCACAUCUCCCAAAGAUGAAGAAGGUUUCCUAAGGGAUCUAUGUGAAGUUUUACUGUAUUUAUUGCUACCUCCUGGAGACUUCCAGAACAAGAUCAUGAGAUAUUUUGUCAGGGAAAUCAUUGCUCGAGGAAUUCUUCUUCCAUUAAUAAACCAGCUCAGUGAUCCUGAUUAUAUUAAUCAGUAUGUCAUAUGGAUGAUCCGUGAUUCUGUUUGCAGCUAUGAGGCCUUUAUGAACAUUAUUAAACUGAGUGACAAUGUAGGAGAGUUGGAAGCAGUAAGGGAUAAAGCAGCAGAAGAAUUGCAGUAUCUUCGAUCUUUAGAUACAGCUGGAGACGAUAUCAACAAUAUUAAAAAUCAAAUAAAUAGCUUAUUGUUUGUGAAGAAAAUAUGUGAUUCAAGAAUACUGAGAUUGCAGACAGGAAAAGAAAUAGACACUGUGAAACUGGCUGUAAAAUGUGGAAAACUUUGCACAGUCCCUCUGGACACCAUUCUAGUACACAAUAUUGCACUACAAUUUUUUAUGGAUUACAUGCAGCAGGUGGGAGGCCAAGCGCAUCUCUUCUUCUGGAUGACUGUAGAAGGAUACAGGGUUACAGCACAGCAGCAGCUAGCUGUUCUAUCAAGCCCUAAGAAAGAUGGAAGGCAUCAGACAACUCAAACCAAAGACCUGUUAAGAACAGCUGCAGUUGGAGUUUAUGACCAGUAUUUGUCAGAGAAGGCAUCACCAAGAGUUAACAUUGAUGACGCCUUGGUAGCGAAGUUGGCAGAAAAACUGAAUCAUGAGGACCCAACCCCAGAAAUCUUUGAUGAGGUUCAGAAAAAGGUAUAUGAAUUGAUGCUUCGGGAUGAGAAAUUCUACCCUUCAUUCAAACAGCACGUACUGUAUGUUCGAAUGCUUGCUGAACUAGAUAUGCUGAAAGAUCCCAGCUUCAGAGGAUCAGAUGAUGGUGAUGGAGAAUCAUUUAAUGGGUCUCCUACAGGAAGCAUUAACUUGUCAUUAGAUGACCUUUCAAAUGUGUCUUCUGAUGAGUUCAUACAACUACGUGCUUGUAUUUCAGAUACCGUCUUUGCUGACUAUGAUCCAUAUGCCAUGGCAGGAGUUUGUAACGAUCAUGGCAAGACGUAUGCGCUGUAUGCCAUCACCGUCCGUCGUCGUACUCCAAAUGGUGAAGAGGUGUGGAAAACAUACCGUCGCUACAGUGAUUUCCAUGACUUCCAUAUGAGGAUUACUGAGCAGGUUGAAAAUCUAGCAAGUAUAUUAAAGCUUCCAGGUAAAAAAACGUUCAAUAACAUGGACAGAGAAUUUUUAGAAAAAAGGAAGAAAGAUUUAAAUGCGUACUUGCAGCUUUUGCUAACUCCUGAAAUGAUGAAAGCUUCCCCAAUUUUAGCCCACUGUGUAUACGACUUCUUGGAAAAUAAGGCCUACAGUAAAGGGAAGGGAGAUUUUGCUCGGAAGAUGGACACAUUUGUAAACCCACUGCGUAAUUCUAUGAGAAAUGUUUCAAAUGCUGUCAAGUCCCUCCCUGACAGCUUGACAGAGGGGAUGACUAAAAUGUCAGACAACAUGGGCAAAAUAUCAGAAAGAUUGGGACAAGACAUAAAGCAAUCAUUUUUCAAGGAGUCUCCUUUAAUGCAGAAGACAUAUGUUGAUCCUGAGCACAGCCGUGUUGGAGCACAGCUCGAGGACAUUGUGGAUGACACAAUCCCCCUUAGAAUAAUGCUGCUACUCAUGGAUGAAGUCUUUGAUCUGAAGGAGAGGAAUCAGUGGUUACGAAGAAAUAUCAAAAACUUGCUUCAGCAGCUUAUUAGAGCGAUGCAUGGAGACACACUAAAUAAAAAAAUAGUUGAUCACGUUGAUUGGAUGACCUCUCCUGAACAAGUCGCAGAUGCAGUGAAACGGUUCAGAGAUGCUUUUUGGCCCAACGGCAUCUUAGCUGAGACUGUUCCACGCAGAGACAAAGCCAUCAGAAUGCGAACACGAAUAGCUGGAAAAACAAAAUUACUGGGAAUAAUGCCAGAUGAGCUGAAGCACAUCCUUGGUGCUGAGACAACAAGAAAAGGCAUUCUCCGUGUCUUCGAAAUGUUCCAGCAUACCCAGCUCAAUAAGAGGAUGGUGUAUGUCUUUCUGGAGGGCUUUUUGGAAACUUUAUUCCCAAUGUAUAAAUUCCGUGAGCUCUUCAACAAAUUGCAUUCACGUUCAAAGCAGAUGCAACGAUACAAGCAUAGACUACAAUCUACACAAGCGCCUUCUUUACAGAAAAGGUGACACUCCAAACUAUUGCGUUGGUGUCCAUUUGCCCUUAUCCUGGGCAGAUUCUCUGGGGCUUAAAACUCUCAUGCUGUUAUUUCUGCACCAGUCUUUUAGUGUCACAUAUUAGAUUAUUAAUACAUCCAUAAGAAAUGUGGUUCUUUUUCAUCCUUCACCUAUAAUGCAACCACUACGCCAUAAACUGGGUCAUAUGUCUUAAAUGAUUUGGUGCAUCGUCAUGCAACGCUGAGACGCAUACUAGCCUGCUCUAUGAGAACGUCUGUUCCUUCCACUCCUGACAGAAUUGAUGAUUGCCAGAAAUGAAUAAGUGCUAGACUGUCCAUUGGAAGAUAAGUAAAGCACAACUUAUGGUGAGAGCAAUGGAGGACUUGACUGCUUCGCUUGCAACGGGGAGAUUGUGCAAUGUGAGAAUCAGGUGUGAUUUGAUUUGCAUUAUGGCUGUUGAUACUUUGUAAGUCUCGGUCAGCAGCUCUGGACAAGCUGACCUGGCAGGAAGCAAAAUCUUUUGGAUCAGCUGGUUUUGAGAGAUAUUGUUAUCCCAAAAAACUACUCUUACUAACUGAAAGCAGUCAGAUUGUGGCACAAAAUCCAAUCAAGUCCCCUUCCUGGAUUCAGAAAAUAAACUAAAUGAACUAUCUUGGUUGGGUUUAUUAUUCUGUGGGGAAAGGCAGAAGUAUAGAAAAAUAGACAGUGGUUUGGAUUAGCCUCUUUAUAUGCAAUCUGAAUAUAAUUUUAAAGGAGAAGAUUCAUAGUAACUACAUACUAAUGGGAGGGACAGGUGUCUAGAAAAAGGGGAGCUGUUUAAAUAAAGGGGAGAAUCAAAUUAUAACAUAAUUCCACUAUUUCCACUAAGAACCUGUUUCAAGAAAACCUGUACUGUAUUCCAUUUAAAGUCACCCUAAGAUACCUUUUAAGUAUGUACACCUCAUGUGGAAAAACUACUAAAAUGACUUGGUUUCUUACUGACAUGAAAGUCUUCUGGACUUCAUCAAACAGUCAUAUGCAAACAAUUGCAAAUUCCUGAAUGCACCAUUGUGUAUAUAUGAAAAUAAGAGACACAACUACAAUAUUUUUUUAAAUAACUAUCUUUUUUAUUUUUUUGCAUAAUGUAAAAUUUUAAUAAAUAAACCUCUUCUACACAAAAAAAGCCCCGGUCUACUAUGCUCUUUACUUCUAAACAUGAUGUCUAAUUAAGAGUGAAGUAAUAAUUGACUCCGCUUGCUUAGCCUUAAUUGAUCUUGAACGCAGCAUCUCCUUUUCCGACUCUUCCUUAGCACCUUCUACCACCAAGGAAUUACCACAUAUCGGUUAUAAACCUCUGAAUAUCCUGUUACAUAGUUGAAAGUGCAAACAUCUAAGAUAACAAUCAUUUAAUACUCUCAUACUGAGCACAUUUCUUGGAAGAAAAUUAAUUUUAAUUGAAGGACUUGCUUCCAGGCUAUGUAAUUCCAGUGGGGGUGUAAGUGCAGUACUUAAAAGAUCUUUGAACUAAGGUCUGUAUAUAGUAACUUAAAAUUCAGGAAAAAAAAUAGUUAAAACCUUGGGGAAGGAAAUGGAAGGUCCAACGAGGCAUACCCAAGAAGGUCACCUGUCUGAGGCCUGAAUGAGCAGGUUUCCUACUUCUUUCUUUUCCCCCACUUGGACUGCUGUGAGGUGGCCAUGCUGUAAUAAAAAUUUUGCCGUCAUUAUUACGGUAUGCAUGUGUUCAAGUGCAUUUUUUCUUCAUAUCUACAUGCUGUACAUAUAAUCUCUUACACCAGUAAAAGGAGAGCUAAGGUAACAUGUGGAGUAUCAAUUUACUCAUGUCUGUCAUACUCCAUGUUCUUAAAUAAAGGUGGCAAUUGAAGUGCUAACAAAUGUUCUCUGGGCUUACUUAGAAAUGACCUGUGCUUGGAAUACUCUGCUUCCCUUUAAAAACUUAAGCUGCUGCGUGGGACUGUUAAUUUGACCAGGAAAGUGGCCUUACAAGGGAUUUUUCAUCCUUUCUUCUUCUGCCUUCCCCUCAUAAUUGCCCCUAACUUGUCUGUCUCUCCUCCCCUCCACUAAGCUCAUAGCAGCUUAUGGAGGCAUGAGGGGGAUGAUUCACAGAGGAAAUUGCCAUGAAAGUAAAGAUUGAUGCUUCCCUCAUUUCUGGUUUCUUGGUCAAAUUACAGCAUGGUGCAACUGCUUUGGUGUGUUUAAAAAGAGAAGAAAAGCUAUCCAAGUCUAUUUUGACCUUCAUGCGCAUAUUUCCAAAAUUUUCGGCAGUUCACAUCUUGGUUUGUGGCCUAGUUCUCACUGAGGUGAUAAACCUGUCCUGGGGCUGUACCACUUCAGACAUAACAGAAUGCUUCACAAACAGGAAGAAAUAAUUCCACAUAGUAGACUGACGGUUGUGUCUUAGCAUUUUUCUUGAACGUUAGUUUUCUAUGUGCAGGGAUUUUGUCUCCUUCUAUGAUAAGCAUUAUGUAAAGCUGCCUUACACAGUCAGAAUAUUGACCUGGCUGGUUGAGUAUUGUCUCCUCUGACUGGCAGCUGUUCUCAAGCACAGAAAGGGCCUUCCCAGCAUCUUUUAAUUAAGAUCCUGUAAAUGAAGAUGCCAGGGACUGAAUCCAGGACCUUCUCCAUGCAAAGCAAUGUGCUUUUCUGCCGAGCUUCAAUUUGCAAGUCUGAAAUGAUUCAUCCCAGUAACAGACUUAAUACGGUAUUGAGAAUAAGGUGUACACCGCUUCUGUGGGCCAAAUUACAUGUUACACGGUCAAAUUCAGAACUCCUGCAACUGCUUUUAAAUCCAAAUAGAAAUGUCAGGAAACUGUACCCCAGAUCUGCUUUAAGAUGUAUUUUGGCCCCUGAUAUCUGCAUGUUCUAGCCCAGUUAACGUCUAGCAUGGUAAAAUAAUGUAAUCUACAUGGAGUAUUGGAUACCAAAAGCAUGGCGGGUGUAUAUAUAAGUAAUAAAAGAACCCUAGCAUUUGAAAUCUGUGAUUAAAAAAAAUAUUAAUACUCAAUUUAGUUUACAGUAUUGCAAAAUGGGGUAAUAUGUCAACUAAACGUGUAGUGCCUCUUAUCUGUAGGCAUUCAUAUUAAGCCACAGAGUCAUAUUCAACAGCUGAAUUUUACAAUUUGGUUCAGUAUCUAUAAAAUCUUGAACUGUGUGAAUGGAACAUAAUGCUGUAUCGUUUCAUUUAAUGCAUUUUCUGCAUAUAGAUAAGGUCUUGUCAUCUGUAUUUAAGUUCCAAGUGUCUCUUUGGCAGAAACCAUCUAUAAUGUCUCUCCCCGAUUUAACUGUUGUGUAUAGUUCAUGUUGUCCCUGCACAUUAUAUCAGCUGUGUGUCAUUUACAUCUUUCAAAGCGCCCCUAAAAUUGAUUGUGUAAAUGUCUAGUCAGGUAUGUCCUGGCUUAUGAUUGCUGUGACCAGCCUCUGAAAAUAAAUGUGCCAUUGUCCAACAAAAUGCACUUACUUUAGCCUUAAUUAAAAGAACAUGAACCGUAAAAGGUGGAAUAUUUCACAUAGGUCAUCAUGAAACUUUUGCUGCUGGUGUUUGCUAGUACUAAAAACUAACUUUAAAUGCUACCAGAAUGUGUACCAGUUUUUUUUUUUAAAAAGUAAAAUAUGGAUUCCACAAUCUCAGUUUUAAUUUUAGUGCAAUAUUUUCAUGUCAUGCAUGUGUAUUUGAAUAACUGUAAUCAAAAAGAAGCUUUUUAAAAAGGUUUUGAGAUAAAAGGUAAACUGUCUUAACCAACAACUUAUCUUCUGUGACUGCUGCUGUGUUGGCUUACUUAAGGACUUGUUUUAAAAGUCUGGUUGUCGCUCCUUGUAAAUUCCUUCUUAUCUGUGCUCAAAUGAGCAUGGGUCUUACAUUACAAGGAGCAAAAUCUAAAGAGCACAUUUAAUAUAGCUGUUAAUAAAUGGCUUGUGCAUAUCAUUGUACAGUAUGUGUCAACUGUGUGCCUAAUGGUUCCAUUGAUAUUUCCCCCAGUUCUUUAGCAAAGAAUUAAAACAAAUUGGAAUGGCAAGGUGCCCCCCCCCCCCUUCCUGAACAGCUAAGAACUCUUUAAGGUUUUUUUUCUUUGGAGUUUGCAUUAUGUUUUGUCCAAUAGAGAAAGCUCAGAAAAAUACACUAAUAAAGUAUUAACAAGAAA